AUGCUUGCAUUUUUUCUUUACCCCAAGGUACAAGCUAAAGCCCAAGCUGAAUUGAAUGCUGUGAUUAGUCAUGGCACCCACUUGCUGAAUUUUGAGGACCAUCCACAACUGCUCUAUAUUGAUGCUAUUGUAUUGGAAGCUAUGAGAUGGAACUCUGUUGUUUCACUGGGUAUUGCUCACUAUACUAUGAAAGAGGAUGUUUACAGAGAUUACUACAUUCCUGCAGGUGUGACAAUCAUUGGAAAUACUUGGGCCAUGCUUCAUGAUGAAAAGGAUUAUCUCAACCCUCUAGUGUUUGACCCCAACCAGUUCAUUUCUCAGGAGAGGAAGGAAUGUGAACCUGAACCCACAGUGGCAUUUGGUUUUGAAAGAUGUAUUUGUCCUGACCAUUAUAUCGCUUUGGAUACUGCCUGGAUUGCCAUCACAUCUAUAGUGUCAACUUUGUCAUUCAUGAAGGCCAUAGAUUCUGAAGGCUGA